UUUGCUUUCAAAGAUCACGACCCGUACACCACGCUAAAACUACUUCCAAAAUCCAAAUUUGAAUUUGAUAAAACACCAAAGAAACAGCUACAACACAAUCAUAAGCAAGGAUGAGCCAGUUCCAGGAGAUAUUGAGGCCCUCGGUGAUACCGGCCAAGUCUGUCAAAGUGAGUGGACCUCCAGGAUUCGAUAGAGAAAACGUACAGAAGAAGAAUGCUUCGGUGACGGUUCAAAAACCAGAUGAAGAAACCUUGAACGAGUUGAAAGUCAAGAAAGCAUGGGAGGUGGCAUUGGCCCCGGCCAAGCAGAUCCCCAUGAACUUGAUCAUGAGUUAUAUGACUGGGAAUUCCCUACAAGUGAUUCCAAUCAUGAUGACCUUGAUGUUAUUAUGGAAACCAUUACAAAGCAUAUUUACCGAAACCAACUCUAUGUUUAAGCAAUUCAAGACCGAAGGGAACGAGUCAGAUAUUCUUCUUACCAAGGCCGUGUUUGUUUUAUGUCAACUCGGCUCGAUGGGGGUUGGAGUUUGGAAAUUGAAUAAAAUGGGGUUGAUUCCUAAUAGUGAGUCAGAUUGGCUAGCCUGGCAAAACAUUGUCCAGGUGAAAGAAUCGGUGUCUAUAAUUUGAAUUAAUAUACAACUAU